AUGCAGGAGUAUGACAAGAUCUUCUACCCCGUGAUGUUUGCGAGUCGUACUCUGAAGUCGAAUGAGCUGAAUUACGGCAUCGCGGAGAAGACGGGACGUUUAGGUCCGUGGGCUGGUCUACUGUCGCCAUGGACUCUCGAGAUCACCAAGUGCAUCAAGGGGGAAGAUAAGAUCCUGGGAGCAUUGGCGGUGAGUAUUACGCCUAGAUCACAGGUGGAGAAGGCGCUGAUCUCGAUUGUCCCUAAAAAGGAGUCAAGACGCAAGAUUCAAGCUCCGAUCCCCACUAUUGGACGCGAAGAGGAUCUAUACGUCAUUAGUUUCGAUGGAUCUGCUCGUGUCAAGUGA